UUGGUUCCUAUAAGCCGAACAGCAUCGCUUCACGGCUAAAGAUGCCGUGACAGCCGUUUAUAUCUGUGUCUACCGUGCUACGUUUGAAAAAUAUGACGGGUGUUUUAAACAAACCUCACCUACUGUUAGUUUUAUUAUUGGUUGUACAUUUUUCUGAUGUGUGGAGGUUUUCGUCUGUGACAGCACAAGAGAAUGAUGAGUCACUGGAGCUCAUGCUGUCGGAGGAUACAGUGUCCGACUUGGAGAACAGUCCCAAGUUUGUGGAUUCAGAAGACCUGGACCUGCUGCCGAAGAGACAGUUCAAGACGGCCGAGAUCGCAGAUGCUGUGAUGGGGAUUGAAACCCCCAUCGAUCCAUCUGACAUUGAGUCCCUCUUUCCCAAAAAUGUGAAAGACUUCCAGUCAGGCUUCUCUCCGCCCUGUGAUGAGAACAGUGCUCAGUGCGGUUCACCUGCUCUGGAUGCUAACGGAGCGUCGCUGGAGGAGAAGGGCACAGAAUCAUCGCAGCAGGUCACUCUUGACAUAGUGCGCCCAGACGUCACUGCAGCUGAGGAGCAGAACACCACUGAGGCGGCUAAGACGUACAAGGUGAACUGUGAUAAGAGAAACGUCACAGGAAUGGACAGCUUCACCGUGCAGGUCCUCAACGCUUCUCAGGACCUGAUGGAGUUCCUCAACGCUAACAGUACAGAGUGCUCUGUGGUGCUCUUCUUCACCGCCUGGUGCCAGUUCUCAGCCAGCCUGGCACCUCACUUCAACGCGCUGCCCAGAGUCUUUCCCAGCAUGCAUUUCCUGGCACUGGAUGCCUCGCAGCACAGCAGCCUCUCCACGAGGUUUGGGACGGUGGCGGUGCCCAACAUCCUGCUGUUCCAGGGGGCCAAACCCAUGGCUCGCUUCAACCACACCGACAGAACGCUGGAGACGCUCACCUCCUUCAUCGCCAACCAGACAGGAUUUGAAGCCGGCCCCGACAGAAAUGUGACGGACACAGAUCGCCUGGGCCCCCUCCCCAGCGUCCCCGUAAAGAGCAUCGACUGGCUGCUGGUCUUCUCCAUCCUCUUCAUCACAGGCUUCACGAUGUAUGCCAUCCUGAGGACCGACAGCAUCCGCUGGCUCAUACCCGGACAGGAGCACGAGCAUCAGGACUGAACACAGACUGCGAGUUGGGAAGGAUGUGAACAGUUAUUUCAUAAACACUUUAGUUUGUUAAAAUUGCUAAUUUGCUUAUGCUUUAAGUGUUUGGAUGAAAUUAAAUAUUUGUGUGGUUUCUAAUAAAGAAUGUGAUGAUUCA